AAAGCGUUUCAACAUCGGAGUCUGAGGAGGCCUAUAUGGUGCUGAACUUCAACACAACCAGCUUGCACUCUAGCACAGACUAUAUCGAUGCUCCCUGUACUAUCUCAGCACUCAAGCCACAAAUAGUCCAUGGCGUUGUAAAGUUUGUCAUCUCUUACAUCUGAUCAAAUUGACUGUUUGGUUUGGAAGCUUGGCAACGGAGCACUUUCGAGCAGCUAAAGUUAAUCAAGCACGGGGCUCAGUGCCUAGUGGAUGUUGUCCCAAGCAUGGAAGCGAAUCUGAAGAUGUUCUAUUUUCUUCUUUACCUUCUCAAUUUAUCAGACCGGCAGCGAAUAAUUCCGAGCGUCGACAGGGACACCUGUCGAAAGCUCUGGAACAUGAAUGUCCUACAAUUUCACAGUCCAACCACAUGAUAAACACUUGUCCGAAACUCAAUCGACGAGCGGACAUUGAACAUCGAGUUCGAAGCAAAGCGAAGGGAGCCGGCUACACGUUCCCUUUGUUCUGCACUAAGGAAGAAUAGUCAGGCGCAUGGUCACCAGGACAUAACAAGAGAAGAAUUCUUCUCUGACGUGCGCAGUAGAGAAAUUUUAUUUGUUAUUAAAAAGGUCCUGAAAAGAUCCGGGACAGCUACUCCGAUCGAUGCUUUAGCACCGGGUUAUCAACGAGCUUUGGUCGACUGGAGUUUAGUGCAUCUCGUCAGAGCAGAGAAUCGCCUUUACUUUUAGGAAAAUCACCAAAUUUUGCACGCGCAGAUUGCAGACCUUGGUUCACGAGAUUCUAGACAAAUCUGAAAAGAACACUCUGGGCUUCCCUGUCAUCAGGCCACCGCUACUGGGCAGGCGUCACUCCUCAUCCAUACAUGGCCUUGUGGCAGACUGUUCAGUUCAGCCACACAUGCUUGGCAGCUCGCUGCAGCCCACCAGGGUUCAUGCUGUGCACAUGCUCGAGCUGGAUGGAUACAAGAAAGAAGCAAUGGAUAUUGCCUGGACAACUCCUGUCCAAACCUCCCACGCUCCCUACAUCGACGUCGGCAGCCAUUAAACUUGCUCAAUACAACAGAGAUUUGUACAUUUUCAAACUGGUUGAUUGAUCUGGCUCAUGAUUGCAGAACAUACUUCCAUACACUUUGUUGGUGAUCAUUGUCCUCGUCAGGCCAGGCCAAGGGUCAGGUCGUGUAUACUCCUUCGUGAGGAAUGUUCCAACAUUGCUCUUCCCAAUUCUCUCCUCUCCAAUGCCAAUAAACCAAGGAGCCUGAAAGGAGACAAAAGAACCUAGCAGCAGCAGCAGAAGCAGCAGAUUCAGAACGUAAUCGGAGUCCGAGGACAGUGAGUUUCCUCAGAAGACGAGCCCUGUUUUUCAUGCCUGCUUAUGUUUUACUCGGCACGGAGAGGGGAGACUUUUCCACUGCGUCUUUAAGCUCGCUUGAUGUAACAAGAGAGGACAAAUGAGAAGCUAGUUCAAGAGGAUCACGAGGAAGUUCUGCAAGCUUUCAUGUACAGCAUCGGGAGCAGCAUCAUGUGCAUGCGGCGUUGAUGCGCAUCGUGGACAAUGCAUUUCAAGCGGCCAGUGGACAGCAGCACAGCUCUCGGGCCACGGUGGGGCCGGAUUCUCGCGAGGUUCACCAAAGGUGAUCAAUAAUGGCUCGCGAGUGCUUUGCAAUGCAGCAGCAAACAAUGGGCUCGGAUGGUCAAGAGUGAGGACUGGGGGACGGAGUGACUGAGGGAGGGAGGAGAGCAGAUCUGACUCUGUAAGACAUUGCUGAGAUGACUGACACUCAGAGAGAGGGACGGACAUUGAAUGCCACCUACUGCGACAGUGCGUGCACAGGCGAAUCAACUCGCGAAAGAUUUGCUCGAGAUAAUUGUCGAGACUCGUGCUGCUGCUCCGUUCAGCAACAGCACGAAUGUCGAGAACUCGAGAGAGACAGACAGAAGGACGGACACGUACAAGGAGAUAUCUCGCCCUCGUCCUCAUCUGCUCAUGCCGUCAACCGCUUUUGUCCUCCUCGACCGCUUGCUGUGCAUCCUUCAGCGUCUCUCAGUGCUCGUCAGCACCACGUGAAUCCCAAAAGGUCCUCGCUCUCACCCUUCUCUCUAUACUCUCAUACAGAAUCCUGCAGUGGGUCCGGCCCCCUGCUGCUUUUCUCAACAAAGCGGAGGACGAUCUUCCUGCAGCCGAGCCUUGCCAGAAGCAGAAAGAGCGAUGAUCGACACUGGUUUGCAGACGCCCAACGAUCCAUCCACCCGUACCACCAGUGAGUGCGAACGCUAACAAUCGAAGUGCUGUCUCCAGCAGCAGCCCCAGUCUGUCUCUCUGUCUGUAUGUAUCCAUCCAUCCAUGCACUUCGAGGCUAGCAGCAGCAGAACAGGCAGGAGCACCACUAGAGAUUGUACGUAGCUAUGGCCAGCUAAUUUCGAACUGCUCACCACAAUCACUGGC